GUUUUAGUCGUCAGCUGGGGGCUCACACUGUUCCUGUCCACGCUCUACGGCGACCUCAUAGGGAAUUGGGACUACAGCGCGGGUUCUCUGACGUCGGAUGCCGCGGCAAUCUCCGAUUCAGACAGCGAUGACGACGACUCUCUGAGCGUGUCGUCUGUGGCGCUGAUCUCCACGCUAUCCAUGGUCAUGGAAGGCGUGUUGAAGGUGGUGGCGCUCGGCCUCUUCCGCUGCAGCCUAGUUGCGUCACAAGCUCAGAGCAGGCGGGGCGGCAAGGCGUCGGCAGUGUUCGUGGCAGCGGCCGUUGUUGCCGUUUGUAUAUUCUAUCCCCUGGCCUGCGUGCUUUCGGAGCGACGCUGCCGAUACGUGCGUCGCCUGUUUCCGCAAUUUUUUGUGUCGGACCUGAUUCGUGGGAUUCCCCUGGCGGCUGCAGUGGCUUCGACUUGGUACAUCCUCCUUUCCACGUUGGGGAAACGGGCGAUCCUCAAUGACGCUGAAAUCGUGGAGUUGACGCAAGUUCGCGUGCAGAGCUGA